AACUAUAUUUUAACUAUAUUAAAAUGACAUGUUAACUUACAACAUCGAUUGAAUAAUCCGAUCACAGAUCCGACUAAUAGUCGUAAACAUUUUAUUUGUUUACGAUUCUAUACCCGUUCAGGAAGUUUUUCGAAAAGACUUUUCGAACAAAGCUUUAUUCUUAUUGAUAAAUUCGAGUAAAAAAAACUGUUACUAAUGAGAAGGCAAGAAAAUCCCUAACAUAAUAUAACAUGAAAAACGAUCUUAAGGUGCUUUCAAGUUUUCGAAAUGAUGCAACGGAGAUCGAUGAGGGAUAUUAGAAGCAGUUAGAAGCUCAUAGAAGCUCGUGGAAGAGAGAUGUGUACUUAGUACAUUUUUUCUAAAUCGUCAAUUCUUCAGCUUGUAAAUAACAAGUAAUUAAGUGUCACCACUGUUUCAUCCGGUGAUACUAUGUGAUAAUAUGUGGUAGGUGGCGACCACCAUUCAGGUUAUCUUUUAGCGUAUCUGAAUAACAUCAUAAUCAUGAACGACUCAGGAGAUCCUAUUAUGGAUACAGGACUGCCUCUUAAAGCAGCAGAGAGUGAAUGCAAAAGGCGGUCGGUAUCUGCCUGCAGUAACGAUUCCGAGAGGAACAAAAAGAGAAGGAACAUAUGCAGUAAGGACAAAAGGAAGAAGUCAAAGCAACGAAGUAGCUCUAACAGUUCUAGUUCUUCCAGUGCUUCAAGUCCAGAAGCAAACAUACGUAGAGCUAAGAAUGACAGGAACGAGGAUGCUGAGUAUAAAACUAGGAAAUAUGAAAAUGGAUAUGCAGAGUUUCAGAGAAGAAAUGAAAAGUAUAGUAAUGAUUUCAGACCGUACAACAGGAGACACAGUAGCUUUUCUGAUAAUCAGAGAGAUCGUGGCCGUUUAGACUCACGUUACUCCAGACAUCAUAGUUACGAUAGAAGGGAUGGGUAUAACAAUAUCCAUUAUAAUAGGCACAACAGUGAUAGAAGAGGAUACCAUUUCAAGAGGACACCUGGUUAUAACAGAUCAAGGAUGCAAGACCAUUACAGGAAUACAAGCAAAGAUACGACUAGUCACCACUUUAUACGAGAGAAGAAAUACACAAAACAAUCACGAGCCCCAUCAGAGAUAGAAAAGCAUGAUUCAUCAAUUAAGAAUGACGCACAGGUUGUUGUAGGGCAAGGGAAGAGAAAAGCAGAGACACGUGACAAGACUCAGUCUAGUCGUAAGAAGUUGAAGAAGAAGAGAUCUUCGUCGGUUUCAAGUGUUUCCAGUGCUAGUAGCACUAGCAGCAGUGAUAGUAGUAGCACUAGUUCCAGCAGCAGCAGCAGCACUAGCGACACUGAAAGCAGCAGUAGUAGCAGUACUACCAGCAGCAGCAGCACUAGCAGCAGCUCAGAGGCUGAGAAGAAACGAAAGAAGCUGAAGAAGGCUAAGAGAUUGAAGAAAAAGGCCAUGCAGAAACGGAAGAAAAAAAGGAAAGUGAAGAACAAGAAACUGAAGAAGAAAUUGAAGAAAAGUAAGAAAAAAAAGCAUAGUAAGAAGAAGUCCAAGGAGAAGACGGGUAAGCAAGUCGCAAGCGAAAUUGCGCCUGAAGUAAUUGAAAAAGCAAAAGCCAUGGCACCGAUGACAAAGGAAGAGUGGGAGAAAAGGCAGAAUAUCGUGCGGAAAGUCUACGACAAAGAGACUGGAAGAUACAGAUUAAUUAAAGGCGACGGAGAGGUUCUCGAGGAAAUAGUGAGUCGUGACCGUCACAAGGAAAUCAACAGACAAGCGACCAAAGGUGACGCUGAAUACUUCCAAGCACGCUUAAAAAUGAAUGCCGUGUAACAUAUUUUUUUAUGUAACGAAAUAUAAUUAGAAAAGACUUUACAUAAGUAACUAUCUUAUCAAUGUCGAUAUCCGGUGUCGCUGUAUGUUUUUGCAUUAUUUCGGGUGUAUUUACCUACGUAAAUCUAUAUAUUUAGGGAUAGGAUUAUUGCAAAUUGUGUAAUUGUGUGAUGCCAGUCACAAAGAAUACAUAUUGUAAUAAGUCCUAUCUCUAUGUAUUGUAUCAGCAAUUUAUACGUAAGGUACAGGAAAUUGUUUCGAUUUCGACUUCUUUUUUCGACAUGACUGUUAAAGUAUGACGGUUUAUUGAUAAUAAAUAAGUUUUUAUUAUA